AUGUCUUUCUUCAACGACGCCUGGAAGGCAAUGGACAACUUUGGUCAAGAAGCGGGAAAGCAUAUCGGUGGUGCUGCGGAUGAGGCGGGUAAGGGUCUUGAUGGAUUUGGUCAGGAAGCCGGCAAGCACAUCGGCGGAGCCGCGAAUGACGCUGGUGAAAAUCUCGACGCUUUUGGUCAGGAAGCUGCCAAGCACAUCGGUGGUGCUGCGGAAGAAGCUGGAAAGCAGAUCGACGAUACCGUCAAAGAGACGUACGAACAUGUUGAAGCAUUCGGACACGACGCAGCGGAACAGAUCGGACCUGCCCUAGAGGAAGCGUGGAAACAUGUGGACGCCUUUGGUCAAGAGGCCGGGAAGCAGAUCGGUAUCGCCGCAGAGCACACCAAGCAGUGGGUUGAAGAGCAUCCAGGAGAGACUGCAGGUAUCAUCGCUUGUGUUGUCGCUGCUCCUCUCGGUAUCGCGGCCGCACAUGGUGUUCUGCAUAUGGUGGGCUUCACGGCCGCGGGUGUUGCAGCUGGAUCUACCGCAGCCGGCGCACAGGCCGGCAUUGGGAGUGUUGCAGCUGGGAGUACGUUUGCUGUUCUCCAAAGCGCAGCAGCGGGAGGCGCUGGCGCUAUACUUGUCAACGGCAUCGCUGCGGGCACGGCUACGGGGGUUGCUGUCGCUGCUACAGCUCCUGGUCUUAUCAAAGCCAUGAAAGAAGGCAAGAAGGAAGUCACCAUCGACGAUGUCACGUACAAGAUCGAGGACAAAGGAGAGGUAGAAUCCUCGCCACCAGAUCAAUAG